AUGCAUGAGGCGAAUGGAAGCACUGACAGAGGACCUUUUGACACGAACUUGAUCAAAAGAUACGACCCAAAGGACACAGAUUUGAAUAGUUUACUUGAGAAUAAUCGUAAAUGGGCAUCAGCUGUUAUGAAAGAGGACCCAACAAUAUUCGGUUCGAUAGCUCAUAAACAAGAGCCUAAAUUACUGUGGAUUGGCUGUGCAGACUCAAGAGUACCAGCAAACGUGAUACUGGCCCUACCGCCGGGCGAACUGUUUGUGCAUCGAAAUAUCGCCAAUGUGGUCAUCAAUACCGAUCUGAAUUGCCUAUCCGUACUACAAUAUGCAGUGGAUGUAUUGAAAGUAGAGCAUAUCAUCGUGUGUGGACAUUAUAAUUGCGGCGGUGUUGCUGCUGCUUACGGUAAAGAGCAAUAUGGUAUCAUCGAUAAUUGGUUAAGAUCUAUCAAAGAUGUGUACAGACUUCAUCGUGAGGCAAUAGAAAUUCUACCGACAGAUAAAGAAAGAAUCGAAAAGCUUGUUGAUCUGAAUGCGAUACAUUCAGCAGAGAAUGUCUGUCAUACAACCAUCGUACAAAACGCAUGGGCAAACGGCCAGAAACUAACUGUGCAUGCUUGGACAUAUGGACUUGAGGAUGGGUAA